AUGUCUGAGCACUUUUCAUUUGAUCGCCAUGUAGAUGGUGACACCAAGUUUUCUAGAGGCCGCUGGGAAUUGAAGGCGGGAGUGAAGAUCCUCUGGGCCACCGAAAACGUCAAGACGGUCGUGGACACCGAGUCUGUCUAUUCUGUGUUCAGCUCUAGGCCUAUCAACCAUAGAGGUGAUAUCUUGAACAAUGCCAUCAUCACCACCAAAUUGACCAGCCCAGCUGAUGAUAUCGUCAAGCUUGAGACCUACCACAACAAAUCGGCCUAUAAACAUGCCAAAGAGCCCCGAUUUGAGUUGACUUCUCAAAGCUCAUCUCUCACUUCGACAGACGCGGCUGCGUACCAAAUUCAGUCAAAUCGUUUGCAAGCUCAGGUCAAAGAGAAGCAAUUUGGUAUUAACUUCACCAACGAAUUUGGAAGGCUAGUGACACAAUUAGGACCACGGUCCAUUGGAUAUGUGGAGGAUUCCCGCUUUGAAAAACCCGGGUUAACUGGCCACAAAUUCAACGAUUAUAUGACUUGCCAGUUGCAACUUGCAGUUGGUGAAAGGCUUUAUGGAUUGGGAGAACGGUAUGGCCCAUUCGUGAAAAAUGGCCAGCAUGUCGAAAUGUGGAAUGAGGACGGUGGUACCUCCUCAGAUGUCACCUAUAAGAACGUUCCUUUCUAUUUGAGUAGUAAAGGAUACGGGAUAUUUGUCGAUUCUACUUCCAAUGUAAACUUUGAGCUACAGAGCGAAAGAACUAGCAGAGUAAACAUCACCGUCCAAGGCCAAGGCAUGAGAAUCUAUAUCAUAUAUGGGCCUGAUUUCAAACAUAUCUUGACCAAAUAUGCUUCUUUGACCGGGUUUCCUGCCUUGCCUCCAGCAUGGACUUUUGGUCUUUGGCUCACUACUUCUUUUUUGACAGACUACGAUUAUGAUACUGUUAGUUCCUUCCUCCAAGGAAUGAAAGACCGUGACAUUCCGUUGAACACUUUCCAUUUUGAUUGUUUUUGGAUGAAAGGGUUCCAGUGGUGUGACUUUAAGUUCGAUCCAGUGUAUUUUCCAGAUGCAAAAAAGAUGCUCUCGGACUUGAAAUCCAAGUUCGACAUCAAGAUUUGUGUGUGGAUAAACAGCUAUAUUGCUCAGGAAUCAGAUCUAUUCGACGAAGCUGAUACCAACGGAUAUUUUAUUAAGAAGACAGAGGAUGGAGCAUCUUACCAGUGUGAUUUGUGGCAAGGUGGUAUGGGAAUCGUUGACUUCACUAAUCCCCAAGCGUGCGAGUGGUACAAGUCAAAGUUGGCAUAUUUGAUAGAUAUGGGAGUUGACAGCUUUAAAACCGACUUUGGUGAGAGAAUACCUUCCAGGGACGUACACUAUCACGAUGGUUCUAACCCGGUAGGUAUGCACAAUUUCUACACGUAUUUGUAUAACAAAUGUGUGUUUGAGGUGUUGGAACAAAAAUUGGGUGCAAAUCAAGCAUGUCUUUUCGCAAGGUCCACCACCGCAGGAGGGCAGAAGUUCCCAGUACACUGGGGAGGCGAUUGCGAAUCUACUUUUGAGGCCAUGGCCGAGUCAUUGAGAGGAGGGUUAUCACUUUCUCUUUGUGGGUUUGGAUACUGGUCUCAUGAUAUUGGCGGAUUUGAAGGAUCUCCUGACCCGGCUGUCUACAAGAGAUGGUGUGCAUUUGGGCUAUUGUCUUCGCACUCCAGACUUCAUGGUUCACACUCGUACAGAGUUCCCUGGAACUUUGACGACGAGGCUAGCGUGGUUUUGAGGAAGUUUACAAAGUUGAAGUUGUCAUUGAUGCCGUAUAUAUAUGGUCUUGCGAUAGAGGCACAUCAGCAUGCGAUUCCGGUGAUGAGACCAAUGUUACUUGAGUUUCCAGAAGACAAAAUUGCCCAAACCUGCGACACACAGUUUAUGUUGGGAGACGCUUUGUUAGUCAGUCCAGUAUUCACAGAAAAUGGUGAGGUUUCGUAUUACCUUCCAAAGGGUGAAUGGUACAGUUUAAUCGAUGGGAAAAUAAGGCACAGUGAGGGUAAAGGUGAAUGGAUUGACGAAGUUCACGAUUUCACUUCCUUGCCUCUCUUGGUGAGGCCAAACUCUGUGUUCGUCUCCGCGGAUACGAGGUCAGAUCAUGCUAAACCGGAUUAUGAUUACGCCAAAUCAUUCAUGGUGAACAUCUAUGAAGUUUGCAGCCAUAAAACGGUUGAUAUUCCAUCAGUUAGCGGGGAGGUUGUUGCCCAAGUCACGGUUCGGGCUACUGACACCGGGUAUGAUAUAACCACUUCUGGUACUAUUGGUGACUUCACUAUCAGGGUUUUAGGAAGACAACUCAAAAAUUCAAACUUUACUGAUAAGUUGCAAAAUUCAAUAAUAGAUGCGUCUGGUUCCAGUGCGCUGAUACAGUUCUUGAGUGAUUAG